AUGACCGCUCUGCAUACUUCCGGGCAGAAUGAGUUACGGCAGAGACUCCAGGAAGAAGUGAAGAAGAGCAACUCACGAUUGGAGACAGUGGUGGGCAAUCUGGACCAGAGAUUCUGCAAGUUGGAGCAAAAGUUCAGCGCACUAAUGCAGGUGAUGUUGAAGGACAAGGGAGUCCAGGAGAACGAAGGGGGAUCUUCUGAACCUCUUCUGCCCACUCCACCCUCGUAUUUCCGACUGGCAACUCAAGCUGAAAUAGCAGGCCACCAGCAAGAGUCCAGAGGUAGGAUGUCCACUCCCAAUUUGCCUAGGUUAGAGUUGCCAAUGUUCUCGGCAAGGAACCCCAGGGAAUGGCUUAGGAAAUGUCAUAAAUACUUUUUGAACUACCAGAUACCUGCUAGCCAGAAAGUAGAUUUAGUGGAAAUGUUCUUAGAAGGCAAAGCCGACAACUGGUUCCAAGGGGUAAAAUUAGCUAAACCUGGACUGAAUUGGGAAGAGUUUAGCGAGUUGUUAUGUGAGCGAUUCUCUGGAAAGGGAUCACUCGACAUAGUAGAAGAAUUUAACAAGCUGCAACAAGUGGGGACAGUGGAGGAAUAUGAGGAAAAAUUCGAGAAAUUAAAAACUUUGAUGUUGACCAAGAACCCCAAACUAGAUGAGUCCUAUUUUGUUUUUAGCUUUAUCAGUGGGUUGAAAGAGGAGAUCAAGCCCAUGGUAAAGAUGUUCAGACCACAGACAUUGACCAAAGCAUUUGAAGUAGCAGAGUUGCAAGAGUAUGCACUGGAGGUGCAAUGUAAGCAGACUAAAAAUUCUGGCAAAGUUGCACUGGAGCCUAAGUUUGGGAUAUACAAGGGUCAAAUUGGUGGACAGAACCUACCUAGUACUUACAAGCUUCCUGCAAUAACUUCUAAUACUAGGAAGACUGAAGUCGCACACAAGGAGGUGGGAAGACUUUCAGCAGAAGAGCUGCAGUACAGGCGUAAAAAUAACCUGUGCUACAGGUGUGGGGAGAAGUUUGGGAUGGGGCAUCAGUGUAGGGCAAAAGGUCUGAACUGCCUUAGUGUUGAAGAAGAAGAGGAGACUGAUUUUGAGGAUGCAGUGGGGGAACAGGAUGAGCUUACUGGUAGAGUUGGGGAGAUGGCUGAGGUAUCAUUGAAUGCCUUGUUUGGUGCCAUUCAGAGGAAGUCCAUUAUGCUGAUUGGCAGUAUAGAAGGCCUACCAGUCAAAAUACUAGUGGACACUGGGAGUUCUGACAGUUUCAUCAACCACAGACUUGUUACCUUAUUGCAUCUACCUUAUCAAUCUGUAAAUUCCUUCACUGUGACUUUGGCAAAUGGAACAGAUAUCACCAGUGGGGCAGCAUGUCCUAAGGUAGCUUGGAGGAUACAAGACUACCAGUUUCAGUUUGAUAUGAAGAUAAUGGAACUAGGUAGUUGGGAUAUCAUCCUGGGGGUUGAUUGGAUGUGUCAGUUCAGUCCAAUCACCUUUGACUUCCACACCCUCAGCAUCGCACUCAGUGAUAGAGGGCAAUUACUUCAUCUCCAGGGGUUCAUCAAUCAACCUACAAUGGAGCUUAUGAGGGGAAGGGAUCUCAGAUCCUUCAUCCAGGAGAAAAAAAGGAGCUGUGCACACCUGCAAGCGAACUCCACCAAGGACCUUCAGAAAGACAUUUCAGAGCUGGUGGAACAGGUUCUGCAGCAGUUUUCACAGAUAUUUGCUACUCCAACAGGACUACCUCCAGAGAGAGAGCUGGAUCACCAAAUCACUCUCAAACCAGGGGCAGAGCCAUUUAAACUCAAGCCUUACAGGUACCCCCACUCCCAUAAAGCAGAAAUUGAAAAGCAGGUUGCAGAAAUGCUUACGAAUGGGAUUGUUAAGCACAGUACCAGUCCUUUUGCCUCCCCUGUCUUGUUGGUUAAAAAAAAAAAUACUUGGAGACUAUGUAUAGAUUACAGGAGGCUGAAUGAAGUGACUGUCAAGGAUAGAUUUCCCAUUCCCAAUAUUGAUGAAUUGCUAGAUGAGUUACAUGGUACCAAGUAUAUGUCUAAGUUGGACCUCAGGGCUGGUCCCACUCUAGAGUCAUAUGCACAACACCUGAAAGUUGUACUCCAGGUCUUAGCUGAUAAUCAGUUAUAUUGCAAGAAGUCAAAAUGUUCUUUUGCUCAGACAUCUAUGGAAUACUUGGGGCAUGUGAUUUCUGACGUUGGGGUCAGUAUGGACCCAGAUAAGGUGGGAUGUAUCCUGUCUUGGCCAACCCCCAGCUCAGUUAAGGAAUUAAGGGGUUUCUUGGGGCUGACUGGGUAUUACAGAAGAUUUAUAAGGGGGUAUGGUGUGAUUUGCAAGCCUUUAACUCAGCUACUGAAGAAGGAGAGUUUUGGGUGGAACCAUCAUGCUCAGAUGGCUUUUGAAGACCUCAAGAGAGCCAUGACCACAGCUCCAGUACUGAGUAUGCCAGACUUUGAAAUCCUUUUUGUCAUAGAGACUGAUGCUCGUGGACUAGGGAUUGGAGCAGUGUCGAUGCAACAUGGACAUCCUAUAGCAUUCCUCGGCAAAGCUCUAUCUAGCCAGAACUUGGGGUUGUUUGUUUAUGAGAAGGAGCUAUUUGCUUUGGUGCUAGCUGUGACCAAGUGGAAACACUACUUGGUGGGCCAUCAUUUUGUCAUCAAAACUGAUCACCAAGCUCUCAAACAUCUGCUGGAGCAAAAGCUCACUCACCCACUGCAACAUAAGUGGCUCACAAAAUUACUGGGGUUGGACUACGAAAUCCAGUACAAAAAGGGAGCUGACAAUGGGGUGGCAGAUGCUUUAUCAAGGAGGAGGUUUGAAGACCCCCUUGAGGACAUGGCAGUGAGUCAUACCAUGUAUGCAAUUUCCUCAGUGCAACCAGCAUGGAUGCAGGAGUUGGUUGCAAGCUAUGAGGGGGAUAAUGAAGCUCAGCAGAAAAUAGCUCAGCUCCUGUUAGACCCCAAUGCAGUCUCAGACUAUCACUUGGAUAGGGGAAUGCUCAAGUUUAAAGAUAAACUAUAUGUGGGAUCUGCUAAUAGUAUUCGUGGCAAGAGGAGCAAGCAUGAGAACGUUCCCUAUCCUGGACUUCUGCAACCUAUUCCAGUCCCACAACAGGCAUGGUCCCACGUGUCCAUGGAUUUCAUUGAGCAGCUGCCCCUAUCCCAUGGUUUUGACACUAUUUUGGUAGUGGUGGAUCGACUGACAAAAUUCAGUCACUUCAUACGUCUCACACAUCCUUUCAUUGCACAGCAAAUAGCUCAGGUCUUCCUUGACCAGAUUUAUAGGCUCCAUGGAUUACCAGAAUCUGUAAUUUCAGAUAGAGAUAGGACUUUUGUUAGCAGAUUUUGGCAGGAGUUGUUCCAUCUGUUGGGAGUUGGCCUGCAUUACAGCUCAUCCUACCAUCCCCAGUCUGAUAGCCAAACUGAGCUUUGGUACAAUACCAACUUCCACACCAGUUUACAAAUUACUCCAUUUGAGGCAUUGUAUGGAUACAAGCCCAACCACAUUCCAUUGGGACCCUUCCAUGACAGUAUUAUACCAGCUGCAGCUAAUCUGGUGCAGGAUAGGCUCAAGGUCAUAUCACUCAUCAAGAAGAACUUGGCAAAGGCACAGAGUCGCAUGAAACACUUUACCGACAGACACAGGUCUGAACGUGCACUCCAAAUCAUUGCUAAGGUGGGGGCGGUGGCCUAUAAGUUGCAGUUACCUGAUGGAGCUAGGAUUCACCCAGUGUUCCAUGUUUCUUUGUUAAAGAAAAGGAUUGGAGAUGCUCAGGGUAUUGACCCUAUGUUCCCUGCAUGGGACUCCUCUGACCAAUACUUACUUCAACCUGAGAAGAUAUUGAAAAGAAGAGCUACCAAGCGUAACUCUCAAGUAGUCAUCCAGUACUUAGUGAAGUGGGAUCAGCUACCGGAAUCAGAAUCCUCUUGGGAAGAUAAAGACUUCAUCGACAAACAGUUUCCAGAAUUCCAAGCUUGA